GUCCCAGUCCCCGCCUGACACGCGCAUGUACCGUGUGAGUGCACUGCACACCAAGUUAUUUUCAACAUCAAGUCGAACUAUGUACUUUGAGAGCUCCCUGCAUCGCCCGAAAUAUCAAUUUCACUCGCGUCAUACCAUGUCGGGAAUCCGCGCGCUGUGAUUUACGCACGCCUGCGCUCCUUCACUGGAGCCAUCGUCCCCUCCUACACAGUAACCAGGCGAUGACCGAAUUUCACCUCAGGCUUAUCAUACUCCAUGCUCUUCGUCACUGUGGUGUUCUGUUGUCUUGGUCACCGUGGCGCUCCAAGACGAUGUCGAAUUGUGAUUUCCGAUGCUGUAUCAGCAAAAGUCAAUGCAAAUUUAACGGUUCACAAGUGUUCAGAUAAGAGUGCCACGAUCAAAGUUGCGGAACAUCUUGAUAGCAUCUUGCCUAUAUCGUCCGUGGGCUGUACAGAUGUCACAGCCGCUCACACCCCGCCGGGACUGUUGGUCGAUCGAAAGUGCGUUAUGAGGAAACUGUGAAAUUAUAAAUAAGUGUGGUGCUCCAGGCUGCUCCAGAGGGGCCAGGGUGCUCUUUAACAUGCGGGUUUAAGCAAUGCCGAAGCCGAGAUACUUGUGUAUGCAUUAUUCUGUCGAAUACUAGUUUCGUGAACCAGUCGCCUUGUCUGAGAAGGGAAUGUGUGACAAGGCGACUGGUUCAGGAGACUAAUCAAAUACAGUUUUUGAAGCAAGAGUUCGAGCGAGCUCAUC